AUGGGCGACUCUCAGUUUACCAUCGGCACCUCCAUGAGCGAUAUACUCGCCACCAUGGAGCGCGAAGGCCGCGAUCCUGCUACGAUCUCCCUCGGCAUAAACGCGAUGCUCUGCUUCGUGUACGACUACCUGCCGGAGCCGCCCGUCUCCCUCACCGCCUCCCUCUCGCUCGCCGGCGCGUCGUGGGUCCCCGACGGCGUAGACCGCAUCAGCCGCCUCCCCGAUUUGCUCCUCCGCGUCAUCAUCUCCCGCCUCCCCGCCAAGGAUGCCGCGCGCACCGCCGCCCUCUCCUCGCGCUGGCGCCCGCUCUGGCGCUCGGCGCCCCUGGCUCUUUUCGACAUCAAUCUCUUUCCGGACGGCGACACGUCUCCCUCUCCCCGCGCUGUCACCGCCGCUGUUUCCGGCGCCCUCGCGGCGCACCUGGGGCCUUUCCGCUGCGUCCACCUCAUCUGCAGCGCCAUGGAUAAGCACCGAGGCGAAAUGGCGCGCUGGCUCGACAUCCUCGUCGCCAAGGGGGUCCAAGAACUCGUCUUUGUCAACCGCCCUUGGCCGAUUGACCUGCGCCUCCCCGCCACGAUCUUCAGCUGCGCCUCCCUCACCCGCCUCUACCUCGGCAUCUGGAGGCUCCCGGACACCGCCGCUGUGCCGCGCAGUGUCAGCUUCCCCAACCCCCGGGAGCUCGGCCUCUGCUGGAAUGUCAUGGAGGACCGUGACCUCGCCUUCAUGCUUGAAAGAAGCCCCGUCCUGGAGUUCCUCGGCAUAAUGGGGAGCCAGACCGGAGUGCGCGUCCGCCUCGUCAGCCACAGCCUGCGCUGCGUCCAGCUCGGCUUUUCUUUCAUGGAGGACAUCGACGUGGUGGAUGCCCCUCGCCUGGAGAGGCUCUUCCAAUGGGAAACUGUUUCCGCGGUCAAUAGCCGGGCCAUGGCGAACCGCUCUUUCAGAAUCAAGAUUGGGCAUGCACCUAACCUGCGUGUGCUGGGAUACCUUCAGCCUGGAGAGCAAGAGCUGGUCGUCGUGGCUGGGAGCAAGGAGAGCAUUGUUCCAAGUGCCCAGAUUUUGGCCAUGGAGGUGCAGUUCGGUGUGCGCAAUGCUGUCAAGAAAGUGCCUGGCUUUCUCCGCUGUUUCCCCAACCUGGAGACUCUCCAUGUCCAGUCCACCCGCAUACUUGAGGAGUCCACUGGCAAGGUCAAUCUCAAGUUCUGGCAGGAGGGCGGCCCCAUCGAAUGCAUCCUGCGGAGCAUGAAGAAGUUGUUCUUCUACGAGUUCCGAGGGUCGAGAGAGGUCGGGUGCUGGACCAGAUGGUGGUUGUGGUGGCCAGUGAGUAUUUCUCGUCAGGGGACAAUGUCAAUGCCAAGCUGA